AUGUAUACAGUGGAAUGGCAGAAACGCGGUUUGCCUCAUGACCACAUUCUGCUGUGGCUCAACGAUAAGGUUGACGCAAACAAAAUAGACGAUUUUAUUUCUGCUGAAAUUCCGGAUCCUGCGCUGGAUCCUUUACUCCACGAAAUCAUUAAAAACAAUAUUAUACACGGCCCUUGUGGCGCGAAUUACGAAAAAGGGCCAUGUUGGUCAAGCGGCCCCACUUGCGCAAAGGGUUACCCCCGUAAGUUUAUCUCAGAAACGCAAACUACAACAGAUGGUUACCCACUGUACAGACGUAGAAGUCCCACUGAGGGCGGCAGAACUGUGACAGUUAAGGGGCACACUCUGGACAAUCGUUUGGUGGUGCCUUAUUGUCCGUUGCUGUCCAAGACUUUUGGAGCCCAUAUAAACGUUGAAUACUGCCACUCGGUUAAGUCAAUAAAGUACAUCUGCAAGUAUGUUAAUAAAAGCAGCGAUGCUGCCUUUUUCGAUAUUCGGCUGAAUACGUGGCUGGACGUUACCUCAGCACAUACCAAAGGGCUCCAGCCAUUGUGCAGCUUGCUGUUCACUUAG